GGCAAAAUCGGUGGUGGACUUUCAGAUAAUUUCUCCAACUUUCUGAGUCUUCGCUGCAUCGAGUUCGACGAAGAAACGUCGGAGGCUCCAUAAAAUAAUCUCCAGUCCUUCUGUCUUCUUCUCGUCCAAUUCAUGGCGACUGCCCUUCCUUUCCUCCCCCUUCUCCUCUCCAAACCUUCUUCCCCUCCACCUCCUUCCCUUUCACGGAGAACCACCACGCGUCCCUUAAGAAAGUGUGGCAAAUUGGCCGUGGCAGCGAGGAAGCCAUGGCCUCCCCUUUGGCCGCGGUCUUCUUCCCAGCCGACGCCCGAAGUUGCGCGCGAAGGCGACGCAGAUGAGAUAUCGAGGGCGACGCUUUUGUGGAGAGCCGCCAAAUUGCCCAUCUACUCUGUGGCGUUGGUCCCUCUCACCGUAGGCAGCGCUGCAGCUUAUCUCCAGACAGGCUUAUUCUUUGCCAAGCAUUACUUUGUGAUCUUAUCUGCAUCAAUGCUUGUGAUUACUUGGCUAAAUUUGAGCAAUGAUGUUUAUGAUUUUGAUACUGGCGCAGACCGACACAAAAAAGAAUCUGUUGUUAAUAUCAUUGGCAGUCGGACGGUUACACAAUAUGCCGCCAACAUAUCACUUGCGCUUGGCUUUAUGGGGCUGAUCUGGGCAUCCAUAGAAGCAGGAGACGUCCGAUCCAUCUUAUUAGUGGCAUAUGCUAUACUGUGUGGGUAUGUUUAUCAGUGUCCUCCAUUUCGAUUAAGUUACCAAGGACUUGGAGAACCAUUGUGCUUUGCAGCAUUUGGUCCAUUUGCCACUACAGCGUUCUAUUUCACUAACAGAAGCAAAUAUUUAACAAGGUUCAUUUAUAAGAGUAUCUACUUGCUCAUUCAUGAUUUGUUGGAUUGGAUAACUCCAUUUAAUCACGUCAUGCAAAUUUUCAGCGGACUAAGCCAUCUCCCUCUCACUGGAACAGUUUUGUCAGCAUCUGUUCUUGUUGGGUUAACAACCACUUUUAUUCUUUUCUGCAGCCAUUUUCACCAGAUUGAUGGAGAUCGAGCUGUUGGAAAGAUGUCUCCCCUGGUCAGAAUUGGCACCAGAGCAGGCUCCAAAGUGGUGAGAUUUGGAAUCGUCUCACUUUAUUUUCUUUUGCUGGCUUUUGGAUUAUGCAAAACUCUUCCUUUGACCUGUGUUUUUCUCUGUGCUCUGACCCUACCAGUAGGAAAGAUUGUUGUAGACUAUGUCGAAGAAAAUCACAAUGAUAACAACAAGAUUUUCAUGGCAAAAUAUUAUUGUGUGCGGCUGCAUGCUUUGUUUGGGAUUGCAUUAGCUCUUGGAUUGUGGCUAGCUAGAGCUGGAAAUAAAGCAUGACCAUUGAUGGAAUCUUGACUUCAUUGGACUCCGGAAAAUAUCAAACUUGGGUUGCAUGAGGGCAGUUGUAAAAGUAAAUGACCAUUCUUUCUUGAUGCUCAGUUGGACGGUUGCGGAUUGUUUGGUAUAAAUUCUGCCAUUUGGUACCCGAUGCUUCUAAAUGUGAUCUCUCUAAGAUUUUAGUUGAUUAUUUUCCUUUCAUGAUGGGGAAAUACAAUCAAUAGCUGCCCAUUAUAUGAGCGACAUGCGAAUGCUUCAGGACGGUGCUAAUAUGCCAGGGCCAAAGGAUGGACCUUGCAUUCAAGACAUUUCUGAAAGGUUAAUGGUAUGCUGUUCAUGCUUCAAGUGGAGUAAGCACAAUAACGAAGGCCAUUCUCCAAGCCCUGUAUUCUUCUCACUGUUAUGUUAUGUAUUUGGAAUAUGAUACAUAAAUGUGCUAUGAACAUUGUGGAUAUAAGUUGAAUUUUAAUGAAACAUCUAUGAGCUUGAUUUUGAGUCA